GGGAGUUAAGGAUUGCAAGCCGACGCCAGCCCGACCCACCACUCUCGUUCUUUUCUGCGGAGACCGAGUUUCGUUGGCCCUCACAGGGGGUGGGGCGCAGGCGGGACCUUCUGAGCCGCUCCGCCCCAUCCCUCCGUCUAGAGAAAGCGGGUAGCACUGCCUAGCAGCCAUUGGGUUCCCGCGAGUCGUGUGUCUCGGGCCUCGCAAACCCAGGACCCCGCAGCAUGGCUGUCAAGAAGAUCGCGAUCUUUGGCGCUACUGGCAGGACCGGACUCACCACCCUGGCACAGGCGGUGCAAGCAGGUUAUGAAGUGACGGUGCUGGUACGGGACCCCUCCAGGCUGCCAUCAGAGGGGCCCCAGCCAGCUCACGUGAUAGUGGGGGACGUACGGCAGGCAGCCGACGUGGACAAGACUGUGGCUGGGCAGGACGCUGUCAUUGUGCUUCUGGGCACUGGCAAUGACCUCAGUCCCACUACAGCGAUGUCCGAGGGCGCCCGGAACAUUGUGACAGCCAUGAAGGCUCAUGGAGUGGACAAGGUCGUGGCCUGCACCUCGGCUUUCCUGCUAUGGGGCCCAGCCAAGGUGCCCCCACGACUGCAGGACGUGACCGAUGACCACAUCCGGAUGCACAAGGUGCUGCAGGAGUCAGGCCUGAAGUACGUGGCUGUGAUGCCACCACACAUAGGUGUGAUGGCUGGAGCUGGAUGGAGUCCAGGAGAAGGCUGCCUCGUGGUGGAUGCAGACCAUUGGCUGGACACCUGCACAUGGCUUCCCCUUGUGGCGGGGCUUCCUCAAAGUAGGCUAGCUGGGCUUCUGGGCAUAAGUCCGGGAGAGAGCCAUUGUCUUUUGUGCCUGUCUCAAAAAAUUUAUUUUUGGUGCAUGCCUAUAGUCCUAGCACUCGGAAAGCUAAGGCAAGAGGACCACUGCAAGUUCGAGGCCAACCUGGACUACCUAGGGAGCAGCCGCUCACUGGGGCCUACACAGUGACCCUGGAUGGACAAGGGCCCUCAAGGGUCAUCUCCAAACAUGACCUGGGCCACUUCAUGCUGCGCUGCCUGACCACCGAUGAGUACAAUGGGCACAACACCUACCCCUCCCACCAGUAUGACUAGGCCCCUCACCCUGGCUGGGAGGAUGGCAUUCUGAAAAAGGAGGCACAAUGAAGGGAGCAAUAAAUCAUGAGCUACCAGCUUCA